UGGGGCUCGGAGCCGGCCGGCGCUGCGCUCCGCUUCGCUGUGGGGCUCGGUGUGUCGGGGGUGGGGGGGCGGGGGGGCUCCGCUAUGGAGGCAAAUGGGAGCCCAGGCACCUCGGGCAGCGCCAACGACUCCCAGCACGACCCCGGUAAAAUGUUUAUCGGUGGACUGAGCUGGCAGACCUCACCAGAUAGCCUUAGAGACUAUUUUAGCAAAUUUGGAGAAAUUAGAGAAUGUAUGGUCAUGAGAGAUCCCACUACGAAACGCUCCAGAGGCUUCGGUUUCGUCACCUUCGCAGACCCAGCAAGUGUAGAUAAAGUAUUAGGCCAGCCCCACCAUGAGUUAGAUUCCAAGACGAUUGAUCCCAAAGUUGCAUUUCCUCGUCGUGCGCAGCCCAAGAUGGUCACAAGAACAAAGAAAAUAUUCGUAGGAGGAUUAUCUGCUAACACUGUGGUGGAAGAUGUCAAGCAGUAUUUCGAGCAGUUUGGCAAGGUUGAGGAUGCGAUGCUGAUGUUUGACAAAACCACCAACAGGCACAGAGGGUUUGGCUUUGUCACUUUUGAGAAUGAAGACGUUGUGGAGAAGGUCUGUGAGAUUCAUUUCCAUGAAAUCAAUAAUAAAAUGGUAGAAUGUAAGAAAGCUCAGCCGAAAGAAGUCAUGUUCCCACCUGGGACAAGAGGCCGGGCCCGGGGGCUGCCCUACACCAUGGAUGCGUUCAUGCUUGGCAUGGGGAUGCUGGGCUACCCCAACUUUGUGGCAACCUAUGGCCGAGGCUACCCCGGAUUCGCUCCUAGCUAUGGCUACCAGUUCCCAGCCCUAUUACCAUAUUUAAAUGCAAGCUUCCCAGCAGCAGCUUAUGGACCAGUGGCGGCGGCAGCAGUGGCAGCGGCUCGAGGAUCAGUCCUGAAUAGCUACAGUGCUCAACCGAAUUUUGGCGCGCCCGCUUCCCCGGCAGGCUCCAACCCGGCGCGGCCCGGAGGCUUCCCAGGGGCCAACAGCCCAGGACCUGUCGCCGAUCUCUACGGCCCUGCCAGCCAGGACUCCGGAGUGGGGAAUUACAUAAGUGCAGCCAGCCCACAGCCUGGCUCGGGCUUCGGCCACGGCAUAGCUGGCCCUUUGAUUGCAACGGCCUUUACAAAUGGAUACCACUGAACAGGUGCUUCCGUUGCCAUCUCACUCUGAGAGCAUACCUGGAUGUCCAGGCAAGACUGGGCGAAGUUUCUGAGUGGCCCUUUGUUUAGGUGAUGUCCUCAGACCUGGAUCCCCACCAGCCUCACUCCUCAUCCCAACCAGAGAUGGCACACUUUGGAUUGAGGGUUGACUACAUCUCAUCUCACCGACCUGCUGUAAUAUAAGACAACAGCUUUUAAACGUGUAUAUAAUCCAUGAUUUUGGUUUGGUUCUGUUUGUUUUCCUUUGGUGGUCUCCCUCUCCCUCCCCUCUCCUUUCUCCUUUUCGAUCUCCCUGAAUCACAUUUGGUAGUGAAUUUUGACUUAGUCUAGUGUCACCUUAGCUUAAUAUCUAGUUGAAAGCUAACCAUAGUAUACUUGUUAUAUAUUAAGGAAUUUUCUUUUUUCUUUAAAAAAAAAAGAAUUUUGUUUUGUUGUUUUGA